AUUAACAUUAAAUGGGUAAUACUUGUUGCACACAAGAAGUACUAAGUAAAAUUUAAAUAUAUAUUAUUAUAGAUAAUAAUGCUGAAAUAGAAUGUAAACCUGUAGAUCUCAAUCAUAAUUAUAAAUAAUUGACCACUUAAGAAACAAGUAAACUUUAUUCAUAUUUUUAAUUUAGAAAAGUCCACCUAUCUUAAACUUAGUCCAGAUCUCUUUAUUCAUAUGAAAAGAGAAGAUAUAUUUAGUCAAUAUUCUAUAGGUAAAGCUCUUGGAGAAGGUAUCAAUAAGUUAGAUUUUAUUAGGUGCUUAUGGAUAAGUCUCUUUAGUAACCAAUAAAAGAACUGGUAAUUAAUUAUUUUAUAUUCUCUUAGGAAUUGUUAGAGCCAUGAAGGCAAUCAAAAAAGAUUGUUUAUUCGAAGAAGAUGAAUCAAGAUUAUUUUAAGAGAUGCACAUCUUAAAAGAUCUUGAUCAUCCAAAUAUUGUUAAACUCUGUGAAUUAUUCUAAGACGAAAAGUGCUACUAUCUUAUAACUGAGUAUACAAUUUCCUUAUUUAUUAGAUAUCUUAAUGGAGGCGAAUUGUUCGAUCGAAUACAAAAAACUAAAAUAUUUAGUGAAAAAGAUGCAGCCAAUAUUAUGAGGCAAAUAUUAUCUGCUGUCGCUUAUUGUCAUUCUAAAUAAAUUGUACAUAGAGAUCUCAAACCAGAAAAUAUUAUCUUUACUUCUACUGAUGAAGACGCAUAAUUAAAAAUCAUUGACUUUGGAACAUCUAGAAGAUUUGAUCAUGAUAAAAAAAUGACUAAAAGGCUCGGAACUGUAAAUUAUCAAUAUAAUCAUAGCCUUAUUAUAUUGCUCCUGAAGUACUUAUGAAAAAAUACAAUGAAAAAUGUGAUGUCUGGUCAUGUGGUGUCAUUCUAUAUAUUCUUUUAGCUGGUUAUCCUCCUUUUUAUGGUAAAAAGGAUAUAGAUAUUUACCAAAAAAUAGUGAAAGCUAAUGUGCCAUUCUAUAGUAUGUCAUAAUUAUAUUAAACUUUUAGCUGAAGAAUGGACUAAGAUUAGUGAUUAAGCAAAAUCAUUAAUUUUAAGGAUGCUUUGUAAAGAUGUAGAUUAAAGAAUUAGUGCACAAGAUGCGUUAGCAGAUCCUUGGAUGAUAGAACAUAAUUAAACUAAUUUGGUUGAUCAACAGUUCUUAAAAAAUCUAUCAGAAUUCAGUGCUAAAAGUAAAUUAAAAUAAGCAUUACUUACUUUUAUGGCAUGUUAAAUGAUUUAGUAACAUGAAGUUGAGGAGUUAUAAAAAUUAUUUAAAGAAUUAGAUAUUAAUAGUGAUGGAACAGUAUCAAAGGAGGAACUUAAAAAAGCAUUUUAAGAUAAAAUUAUGAAUAAAGAUUACUUUGUUGAAUCAAUUGAAGAGAAAACUGAAAAUCUUAUUUAAUAAAUUGACAUAAAUUAAUCUGGUAAAAUAGAUUAUACAGAAUUUAUAAUUGCAUGUUUACAGUAAUAACGAUUAAUAACAUAAGAUAAAAUAAAAUAAACCUUUAAAAUAUUAGAUAUAGUAAUUAUUUUAUAUAUAUAAUUAAAUAGGAUGGAGAUAAUUUUAUAUCUAAAGGAGAAUUUUAAAGAGCAAUGGAAGGGGUAGAUGAUAUUAUAUGGAAUGAAUUUUUAGAAGAAUGUGAUGAGGAUAAAGAUGGUAAAAUUUCGGAAGCAGAAUUUAUUUAAAUAAUACUGAAAAAAAUAUGA